CUUGCGCCUGCGCUGUGACUGCUUGGAGGGCGCUAUGGCGGCUGCGACGGCCGUUGCCGGGGCGGCUGAAGCUGCUCAUCUGCAGGCUUGCGGCUGCAAGGGCAUCCGGUCCUGUCUUAUUUGCGAGAGACUGCGCCAAGGGCCUCCUCCCUGGCAGAUCUCCACUCAGAAAAAAUACCAUUUCCUUUACUGCCCAGACUCAGGCUGCGCCGUGGGGCCUGAGGACUCUGACUUUAAGGGUUGGGCCUUCCCCUUCCCGGGAGUGACACUGAUAAAAGACUUUGUGACCCCAGAGGAAGAGGCUGAGAUGGUGCAUCUGAUGGACAGUGACCCCUGGAAGCUCUCUCAGUCUGGGCGGAGGAAACAGGACUAUGGCCCAAAAGUCAAUUUUCGGAAGCAGAAACUGAAGAUGGCUGGCUUCCAGGGUCUCCCCAGCUUCAGCCAGAAGGUGGUCCAGAGAAUGGGCCUCUACCCGGGGCUGGAGGACUUCCAGCCUGUGGAACAGUGUAAUCUGGACUACAGUCCAGAGCGGGGCUCAGCCAUCGACCCCCACCUGGAUGACGCCUGGCUGUGGGGCGAGCGGCUGGUGAGCCUCAACCUCCUAUCGGCCACCGUGGUGUCCAUGUCCUGCGAGGCCCCCGGCAGCCUGCUGCUCAGCGAGGCCCCCUCCGUGGGACCUGACGCUUCUGAUGGCAGCGUCGUGGCCCCUAGCAGGUCUGUCCCUUGCCAGGAGGUGGAGGUAGCCAUCUCUGUACCCUGCCGCUCCCUGCUGGUGCUCACAGGGGCUGCACGGCACCAGUGGGCACAUGCCAUCCACCGCAGACACAUCAAUGCCCGGCGUGUGUGCGCCACCUUCAGAGAGCUGUCCAGUGAGUUCCUGCCUGGGGGGAAGCAACAGACAUUGGGGCGGGAGCUGCUGCAGGCUGCCCUCUCCUUCCGAGGGAGGCCCGUAUGAGCACAGCCCUGGGCAUGAGAGCUGUCACUGGCCUGGAACACGGAGGUCUCCACAAAUCACUGCAUUCAUCUGAUUUCUCUUUCUUUUUCUUAAGACAAGGUCUCAUGGUAGCCUAGGCUGCCUUCAAGUGUAUUCUGUAGUUGACGAUGACUUUGAACUCUUGAUUCUUCAGCCUCCAUUUCCCAGGGCUGGAAUUACAGGUGUACACAUCAGGCCUGGCUUUAUCAAGGUUGUUUUGUUUCUCUUCUGGCCUAGACUGGCUUUCAGCUGGCUAUACAGCCAAGGAUGACUUUGAACUCCUGAUCCUCCUGCCUCUACCUCCUGAAUGCUGGAUAGCCAGUGUGUAGCACAACGGUCUUUUUUUUUUUUUUCUUUUUUCGUACUGGGAUGGAACCCAGGGCUUCCUGCUUGCUAAGCAAGUGCUCUUCCAACUAAGCUAUUACUUUACCAUGUUGGGAUUUUUGAGACAAGGUCUCGUAUGGACCAUACUGGCCUGGAACUCACCAUGUAGCCUGGCUUUGAACUCGCGUUCCUCCUUCCUCAGCCUCCCAAGUGCUGGGAUGACAGCACACUGGUUAGGUUUCCCGAGGAGCGUGUGACCCUGAUGUCGUAGACAUCACAUAUCCUGCCUGGAGCUGGUUCUGAUGGGCCUGGCUCUCGGCUGCUCCCUGGGUUAUUUAAUUUGUCACAGUUUGGAGGAAUUCAGUCUUUAGAAACCUUAUUAUUUGGGAGGAGCAAGAUGGCUCAGUGGGUAAAGGUGCUUGCCAUCGAGUCUGACUACAUGAGCUGAGUCUUUGGAACCAACUCUUGUCCUCCACACAUGCAGUGCCUCUGAUAAAAUUUAUAAUAAAAGAAAAACCUUGUUCCCACGUGAAA